AUGAAAACAAAUUAUUCUAAAGGCACAAGUUGGCACGAUGUCGAGAAUUUGCUAUGCCAAUUGGAAAAAUCCGACCAAGAGCUGGAAAGAAUUCUACCUUGGUUUUACGAACACGUGAAAUGCUUUAAGCAAGUCAAAGAAGGUUUGUAAAUACCGGCAACAUUUUCACGCCAGUUCAUUUUUCCACAAUCGUCUGGCGUUAGACAGAAUACUAAGGGACGGACCAUUUGAUUUUUGAUGGGGAAAGGUGUCUAUUUUUUUCCCGACCUUUUGUAAUAUAUUUGUUUUUCAAAUUUGCCAUGCUCGAUAUUUUUCGGAUUUGCGCCCCUCCCCCAUCAAAAAUCGAGUGAUCUUUCCUUAAAGUCAACAUGUAUUAUUCAUGUAUAUAAAAAAGGUACUCAAACUUUAGCAUGUUCAAAUGCGUUAAAUAUAUCGAGUUUACUGAUGUAACUCAUUAGAAACUAAAAUUCAGACUUUUAGCUGUCUAUAAGGAUACCUUUUUUGUCAAAACAAAGAAAGAUGACCAAAUACGCAUUUUCCACCAACUGUCAUCGACUCUAUGCACUUCCAUCAACUCUUUUUGACUUUGAGCAGUCCAAAUUUUAGGGAGAGUUUAUAAGAGUUUUCGCUAUAUCGCGCGGUAAUAUCCAGUCAUGCAACUCUCAUAUAUAACUCUUGUUCUCGUUUGAUCAUGUAAUGAAAGUUGAGAAAACUCUCAUGUAAACUCUCUGUUGUCAACUCUCAUGCAACUCUUGUUCUCGUUUGAUCAUGUAAUGAAAGUUGAGAAAACUUUCAUGUAAACUCUCGCUUGUUAACUCUCAUGUAACUCUUGUUCUCGUUUGAUCAAGCAAUGAAAGUUGAGAAAACUCUCAUGUAUUUCUCGCUUGGCAACUCUCAUGCAACUCUUGUUCUCGUUUGAUCAAGCAAUGAAAGUUGAGAAAACUCUCAUGUAAACUCUCGCUUGUCAACUCUCAUGCAACUCUGGUUCUCGUUUGAUCAAGCAAUGAAUGUUGAGAAAACUCUCAUGGAAACUCUCGCUUCUCAACUCUCAUGCAACCUCUUGUUCUCGUUUGAUCAAGCAAUGAAAGUUGAGAAAACUCUCAUGUAAACUCUCGCUUGUCAACUCUCAUGCAACUCUUGUUCUCGUUUGAUCAAGCAAUGAAAGUUGAGAAAACUCUCAUGUAAACUCUCGCUUGUCAACUCUCAUGUAACUCUUGUUCUCGUUUGAUCAAGCAAUGAAAGUUGGGAAAACUCUCAUGUAAACUCUUGCUUCUCAACUCUCAUGCAACCUCUUGUUCUCGUUUGAUCAAGCAAUGAAAGUUGAGAAAAUUCUCAUGUAAACUCUAGCUUGCUUGCAGAUCCUACUUCAAAAUCGGACAGAUUUUACCUAUAAAAACGGAGCAGAUUUUACUUUGAAAAGUUUAUUGGGAAAUUUGUUUGAAUUGGUUGGGCAAAUGUUUAACCCCCCCCCCCCCAUUUAUUAUCUCCCCCACACCAAUGGGAUAUGGACCAUGCACAAUGUUUAUGAAUUUUUCCACAGAAGCGGUAAAACAAGUGAUCAGAAAGUCAGAAUAUGCACCAAUCAAAAGGGACCACGUGAUUGUACGACAGGGCGAGGUCGGGGACUGGUAAGAUACAUUACUAUAUAUACUCUUUUGUAUUUUUUAACCACAACAGGGUGUUAAAAAAAGAUAUUAAUGCAACUUUGAUAUGAUUUUGUGUGUGUUGGUGUUAUGUAUUCAGGUGAAUAUGAUGUUUGUGAUGUUAUUCUGAGUGUGCAUCCACACUGGGCAAGCUGAAAAGUUAGCUUCGCCACUGUGGGAAUCGCACCCGCGACCUUUGGGACACUAGUCCAAUGCUCUGCCAACUGAGCUACGUGGUCAAGUCGGUUCGAGUUGAUGAUAUUUCGGAACUGAGUCUAGUUCCUUUGAUAUCAGUGUAUUUUAUGAUAUGAUUACCCAAGCUUGCCUGGUGUGGAUGCACACUCAGAGUAACAUCACAAACAACUUUGAUAUGUUGUCAUGUAUUAUAUAUUACGUUUAACCAUUUUUUCAUACCAAUAAAGAUCACGGCUGUUACCUGUUGAAUGAUACCUUUCUCGUAUCAUCAGGGCCGAAAUUUGGGUAUAAACUUUUGGGGGUAUGGGGUUAUUUUGCCCGACAUAAAGGGCGUGGCCGUCAUAGGCGUCGAAAGAUCGAUAAGUGGGGGGACCAUAUUCAUAUAUUCGUGUUCUGCAUUAUUAAUUUCUUUUGAAAUCGAUUGUUUUUAAGGUCUGUGAACACGAAUAUAUGAAUAUGGUCCCACUCCCCACUUAUCGAUAUUUCGACGCCUAUUGUGGCCGUAGUAUUGCCCGACGAACCUUGAAAGUUUAUGAAGGCAAUUUAUAGGAAACAUAUCGGGACUAGUCAGAUAGUAUUCUAAGUUUCAUGCAAAAAUAUACAAGUUAUAAAAUACGACAUGAGUCUAAUUUAGAUGUAUAAUGAUACGGAAUACAAACGUACCUGAUAAAUAAGUCCGAUAUGACACGAUGUACUUUUUAAAAUUUGGAAGAAAAAAAAUCUUUAUAAUAUGACUUUAUGUUUUCUAUCGUGCAGUCAGUACAUUAGGUUGUAUUUUUCUCAUUUCUCCAGAAUUCGCCCGACGAGUUCCAAUAAUUUGCCCGACCAGAUCAACUUUCUUGAGAUUGGAGGAGUGUAUCCCCCCACCCACACGGCUCUCCGGGAGUUUCGGCCCUGUGUAUCAUUGCAAUCAUAGUAUAUACGAGUGUGUUUUAAUUUCCGAAUUGCCUAAAAGUGUUCGAUAGCAUAUAUAGAUAGAUAAUGCAGAAUUAUAUGUACAGUUUUUACGUCGGAAGGUUGCCACAACAGCCCGUUUCAUCCUAGACGAAUCAUCAGAUGCAUCGCUCCUGAUGAUUCCUCGUGGAUUAAACAGGCUUUUGGGGUAACCUUUUGAAGAAAAACCUCUAUAUUCUGAAUGUCAUAAACAUACUCGUUUAUAUUAAUUCAUCAUCAAACAAUACUAGUUCUGCGAGUGUUAUGUUAUGUUGUGUUAUUCUUCACUCGGUAAUAUGAUAAAGAGAAAAUGUUCUCGAGUUUUUUUUUCAUAAUUUCCAGAUAUUUCAUAAUUUCCAACCAAGUGAACAAUAACACAACAGGAACAUAACACUCGCAGAACUAGUAUUGGUCUAACAUUUUACAAAAUCUUUCGUUCAAAAUUUGCAUCUACAAAAGCCCUGCAACUAUGGGUACCCUAAUAGAAGGAUGAUUGCUAGAUAGUAUACUUCAAAAUAAGGUUUCCGUUUUUAUAACGUAGAAAAGACUAUCCUAACGCAAAACUAAACCCUAACACUAACCCUAACCUAACCCUAACCUAUAUUUUAAAAAAUCGAUACAAAACGGAAACCAAGUAUAUACUAUCUAGCAAUUGCCCUUAUAGAAGUAUGUUUACAAAACGCCAAAAACUAAUACAAGCAUUUAUAACAGAAGCUUCCAUUGUGCUCAGCCAUUUACACUAAACACAUUUGCACUCAAACCAAAGAUCUAUUUAUAGCUGUUACAUCAUCCUCAGAGGAACUGUUUCAGUGUAUGCAAAGCGGACGGAAGAUUCAGAUUAUCUCGCGCAGGACGAACCGGGCGUGCGCACGACCAUCGUGAAAAAUCAUAAAGAACGCUCGAAAUUUGGCGCCGAAGUAUCCGUGCUAAAAAGCGGCGACAAAUUUGGCGAUCUGUGUUUCUACAAGUCGAACAACGAGCGAAAUGCGACGGUAAUUGCCGACGAAAAUCUACAUUUGCUGGUGGUGGAUUGCAGGGUAUAUCAAGUGUUGUUGGCGGAUAAAUUUUUGGAUAUGAAGGAUCAACUGCGGUUUAUGGAAAAGUCACCAUUAUUUAAAGGUACAGUCAAAUUGUUUCCUAGUCAUGUUUCCUGAAGGUGGACAAACCAGGAAACAUUGUUUCCUAGCCAUGUUUCCCGAAGGUGAACAAACCAGGAAACAUUGUUUCCUAGCCAUGUUUCCCGAAGGUGGACAAACCAGGAAACAGUUUCCUAGCCAUGUUUCCUGAAGUUGGACAAACUAGGAAACAUUGUUUCCUAGCCAUGUUUCCCGAAGGUGGACAAACCAGGAAACAUUGUUUCCUAGCCAUGUUUCCCGAAGGUGGACAAACCAGGAAACAUUGUUUCCUAGCCAUGUUUCCCGAAGGUGGACAAACCAGGAAAUAUUGUUUCCUAGCCAUGUUUCCUGAAGGUGGACAAACCAGGAAACAUUGUUUCCUAGCCAUGUUUCCUGAAGUUGGACAAACUAGGAAACAUUGUUUCCUAGCCAUGUUUCCCGAAGGUGGACAAACCAGGAAACAUUAUUCUCUAGGUAUGUUUCCUGAAGCUGGACAAACCAGGAAAUAUUGUUUCCUAGCCAUGUUUCCCGAAGAUAAACAUUAUUUCUUAGCCAAUGUCUUCUUGCACCACAGGUUACCCGUACGACUAUCGUGUCACGCUUCUGGAAAAAAUGCGGGCGAGACGAUUGCAUUAUGGAAGCGCGAUCGUGCGCCAAGGAGACCUGGUGAAGAGUAUCACCAUCAUCUGCCGGGGGGAGGCGUUGCUAAAGAUCAACCCAAAAAAGUUGAGCCAGCAGUACAAACUUGACGGUGACCAGCGGCCGCUCACAGUGAUACAAAAAAGGCGGGAAAUCUUGAAGCGCGGUUACGCAGCCGCUGAAGAAAUUUUGAAACGAAAAAACGUGACAGUUGCUACCUUGGGAAUCUGUGAACUAAUUGGCGACAUAGAAUUCGUCCUAGGCCGCUCGCAAUAUCACAUUACAGCCGUAGCGAACACGGAGAUGUUAGUAAUGGACAUGGAAUUAAACGAGCUGCAGCGACUGAUGGCGAAACGUGAUGGUGGCGUCUCUGAAUUUCUUCACAGUACUGUUUUAUGCAAGCUCAGCAGUAGAGCAGACCGCUGUACCAAAAGUAAGUUGACAAUAACGUUGAUCUCAAAACUAAAGCCGGUUUUGCACAAGCGAAAUUUGUCGCGCGACUCAUUUGUCUUAUAACCUCUCGGCUGGAAGUAAUUAAAUUUUUAAUAAAUUUUAACAAUAAAAACUUCGCUUCGCGCGAAGAAAUUGGAAAACCAGUUUAAGGUCCAUACAGACCGAACGCGAUUCGGCAACGCGACGCGAAUUUUCAGUUUUCAAAAACAAAUAAAACUGUCACCGGAUAAACAUUUUACUUGUCAGUGGGUAGAGGUCUGCCAAUAAAUGAGUUAAAAAUCUGUAGUCUUUUAGCCAGAUAUUCAAUAUAGUAGACAUAGUUAGCAGUCUUUAUAGUACCCAAAGAGUUAAGUAUUUUUCAGACAGUAACUUGGCUGGGGACUGGGCAGAAAAAAGCAAGAACAUCAUGUAACAUCAAGAAUAGGGUUAAGCUUUGUACAGUUAGGUUCAGCCGUUCAGGCCUUCUUUACAGGUUAGAAAAAAAACAUUUAUAUAUUUGAAUGAUACCCUGAAUCUAGCUGGAUAUUUUUCAACUAUCCAACAUAUAUCCUGUAUGUAGCUGGAGAGCAAAAACAUUCUAUCCUGCACACCCGUAGAAAGAACUUCAAGUAG